UGAGCAGAAACAGAUUGUUUCACGGGAAGGAAACCCAUGUGUGCGAGGCAGAUAAAGGGCGAAGAGAAAACAGCUCUGAGCGACUGUCGCCCACUAAAAUAAUAAUAAUAAAUAUAUAUAAAAAAUAACCUGUCUCUCUCUGAGCGGAAUUGAAUAAAGUAAAUUGAAGUAAAGGACUAACACGCGAGAUCUACGGCAUCAGUAUCCACAGCACUUCACUUUGAACAAGUAACAGAACGUAAUUUGCAGUCUUCCGCCAUGGCUACAAAUAAUGGUUACCCAAUUGACCUCCAACCACAGAAAAACGCAAUUCAUCCCGCCCCUCCUUAUAACCAGGGACCAGCUAUACCAGGCCAAGGUCAAGUGCCCGUGAUGCCAGUUCCACAAAGACCUGCUGGCUGCCCACCAGGACUGGAGUACCUGACCCAGAUUGAUCAACUUCUUAUACAGCAGAAAGUUGAGCUGGCUGAAGUUAUACUGGGCUGGGAGACCAAUAAUAAAUACAUGGUGAAGAACAGUAUGGGGCAACAGGUGUUCUUUGUGGCUGAGGAAAACGACUGCUGUAAUAGACAGUUCUGCGGACCACUGCGCUCAUUCGUCCUCCAUGUUCAGGAUAACAUUGGGCAGGAAGUGAUGACACUCACUCGUCCUUUGAAGUGCGGAAGCUGCUGUUGUCCCUGUUGCCUGCAAGAGCUUGAAAUCCAGUCUCCACCGGGGAACCCGAUUGGAUAUGUGAUCCAGAACUGGCAUCCUUUCCUUCCUAAGUAUACCAUACAGAAUGAGAAGAAAGAAGCAGUUCUGAAGAUCGUGGGGCCGUUCUGUUCAUGCAGAUGUUGCGCUGAUGUGAACUUUGAUGUUUUGUCCAUGGAUGAAACAACAAAGGUGGGCAGAAUCUCUAAACAAUGGACAGGUCUGGUGAGAGAAGCUUUCACCGAUGCAGACAAUUUUGGAAUCUCCUUUCCUAUGGAUCUGGACGUGAAGAUCAAAGCUGCUCUUUUUGGAGCAUGUUUUCUCAUAGACUUCAUGUUCUUUGAACACAAUAAAUAA